CAUUUGGAUUGAAUAGUUGAGCUGUGUACACGAACCUGAGAAAACCUAUCACUGCUUUCCAAGGACGGCGGGGGAGCUGAGAAUCAUUAUUUUGAGUUGUCAUAACAAAAGAGUUUUAAAAUGUCGGCUGCGAAAGAAGAUCCUACAGAGUUGGGAAUAGAGAGGCCAAAAUCGAGGAAAUCGCACGAAUUUGACGAUAUUUUGGACAUGGUUGGAGGCUUUGGUCGUUAUACAUUCGCCCUGUAUGCAUUCAUGUGUGUCAUGUCCCUACCGAUCGGCUUACAGCAACUCGUUCAAGUUUUCUACGGCGCCACUCCGAAGUAUUCGUGUGUUUCCUUUUCAUCUCCCAACAACGCCACUUGUUCAGAAACUACAAACUGCUGUCCCAACUGCGUCAAGUACGAAUUCCAAGCUGGGAUGACGAGCGCUGUAACCGAAUGGGAUCUGAUAUGCAGCAGAAAACCUUUGAAGGCCAUGACGCAGUCAAUUUACAUGGCGGGUCUGUUGGUGGGCUCAGUGGCCAUUAGUACCCUGUCAGAUCACUUUGGUCGAAAGAUCAGUGUUUUCCUCAGUAUAUUUUUCAUGGCGGUUUGUGGAACAGUGUCGGCUGUAUCGGAUUGCCUUUCCUUGUUUUCGUUGUUCCGUUUCGGAGCUGGUGUGGCCACGGCGGGCUGUCUUCUCGUUCGAUUUGUCUAUUGCAUGGAGAUCAUUCACAUCAACUCGCGGACUGCCGCAGGAAUAGUUAAUAACAUCUUUGUUAGUAUUGGUUUUUCGACCCUGUCUCUACUGGGUUAUUUCAUACGUGAUUGGAGAUAUCUAAUGCUGGCUGUGUCUAUACCUGGUGCGCCAUUGCUGCUCUGUUGGUGGUAAGUACUUUUUCUUUCCUUGAUUGGAUAAUGCUCCUUGCCUGGAGAUUAUUUUGGAUGCUUUUCCUUUUCAGUAAACCCUAUCCUCAUUCUAUUAAACAAUUAGAUUAU